AUGGCGUCAUACAUUGUUGACUCUCUUCUUCAUCCAUCGGAACUGGUAGCGCUUGUACAGUUCUUAAUCUCAGGUGCCAGUAGCCAAAAGAAAAUCAAAAGUGAUCGUUCUACUAAGACGCGAUGCUACGAGUUUCUUAAUAUGACAUCACGGUCGUUUGCCGCCGUCAUUCAAAAUCUGGAUGAUGAACUGAGAGAUGUGGUUUGCUUGUUUUAUCUCAUUCUCCGAGGACUUGAUACAAUUGAGGAUGACAUGACCCUUUCUAUAGAAAAGAAAGAUCCAUUACUUAGAGACUUUUAUAACAUUAUCCGUGUAGAAGGUUGGCGCUUUGAAGAAAGCGGUGAUCAAGAGAAAGAUCGUCAAUUAUUGGUAGAGUUUUAUGUUGUGAUUGACGAGUUUCUGAAGUUAGAUGAAAAAUAUCAAAAAGUUAUUACAGACAUAUGCAAGAAAGUGGGAAACGGAAUGGCCGAUUAUGCAACCGAUGCAGCACUUAAUACAUACGGAAUAAUAUCCUUAGGGGACUUUGAUAAAUAUUGCCAUUAUGUUGCUGGAUUAGUUGGCAUCGGGCUCACCAACCUGUUUAUUGCAAGUGGUCUUGAAGCUGAAAUCGCGACCAGAGACGAAGCAAUUGCAAAUUCAAUGGGUCUCUUUCUUCAGAAAGUAAACAUAACCCGUGAUUACCUUGAAGAUAUUAGCCACGGUAGGUGUUAUUGGCCUAAAGCGAUUUGGUCACAAUAUGCAUCGAAUCUCUACGAACUCAAGAAUCCGGGGAAUGAAACGGAAGCAAUUAAUUGCCUUUCGGCUAUGUUAUUAAACACCCUCCAACAUGUGACUCAGAAUCUGACGUACAUGAACAGUCUACGAAACCAGAGCAUAUUUGAAUUCUGUGCUAUCCCACAGGUCAUGGCUAUUGCAACACUUGCCCUGUUGUUUAGGAAUUAUGACGUGUAUAGAAAAGUGGUGAAAAUACGCAAGGGUCAGACGUUGGCUUUAAUUAAGCAAAGUAAGAACAUCUAUCAAGUUGCCGCUGUAUUCCGUUAUUACACGCAGCAGAUAAUGAAAAAGAACGAUGCACGAGAUCCUAAUUUUCUGAAGAUAAGCAUUGUUUGCGGGCAGAUUGAACAAUGGUGUCAGACAAAUCUUUCUCAGAAAGACUUACAACAAUAUGGAUAUAGUCAGGAUCCACAGAUUACGUUGUUUGUAAUAUUCCUUUUACUUGCGUCAACGGCAUGGCUUGUAACCACAUUCAAUAUUAAUGUAAUAAAUAUGUUUUAA